AUGUUGGCAGAGAAUACACAAAAGAAAGAAGAGGUAGAGGAUUUAGAGUUUGGAGAGAUAGAAGAUGAUGAAAGUGAUCAUCAACUUGUUGCAAAAGGAACAAACGUAUCUGCAGCAGUAUCACCUGUAGAGUCGACGACGACGACAAAGACGACUACUCCUUCUACCAACUCUACUACUACUACUACUACUAUUACUACUACCAACGAGAUAAAUGAAGAGUUAUCAGAUAUUCUAACAUCUUUAGCUGAUACCUUUAUCACUGAGAACAACUUUUCAUCCUUUGAAGAUUUGUUUAUGUUUAUUGAAGAGGCCUAUUGGUACUAUAUUGAUAUUCAUCUCAUUCAGAAUCCUCGUCUACCUAAACCUGAUUUCCCAAAGUUUGCAGAACAAAUAUUAAAAAAUAAUGAAAGAUUAUUUCCAUUACAUGAAGCACUUUUAUCUACAACAACCUAUGAAGAGAUGAUCAAAAGAUUCGAAUCGUUCAAGAGACUUAUCCCAAGAUAUGGAUCAAUCAUUCUCAACAAAGACAUGACAAAAGUUGUAUUGGUAAAAGAACAAUGGUGGGGAUGGGGUUUUCCAAAAGGAAAAGGAAAGGAAGGUGAAACUGAAACAUCUAGUGCAACAAGAGAAGUAUUUGAAGAAAUUGGUUAUGAUAUUGGACCACUUAUAAAAAAAGAAGAUUAUAUUCAAAAAGAAACUCAUGGAGUUGUAAAGAAAUUUUUUGUAAUUGUUGGAGUUGAUGAACAAGCUGAUUUUGAAACUCAUACUAGAUAUGAAAUUAGUAGAAUAAAAUGGCAUAAAAUAGAAGAUAUACCAUUAAUACAUAGUAGAGCAUCACAUCAAUUUGCUGCAAUUAUACCUUAUAUUAAAUCUUUGAUUAAUUGGAUUCAAACAAAGAGAAAAGAAAAGAAUUUACCACCGAUCAAUUUUGACAAUGACAAGGAUCAACAUAGUGGAGGUGAUGUUGAUUUUGGUUCAAUCAAACGAUGGUCUCAACAAAACAAAAAGACUAAAAAUGAUGGUACCAAUCCAACAAGAGCAAAACCACACGAAGAGGAUGAAAGAGAUGUCAUCUUGUUAAACGAAAUCGAAGAUGUAAAAUUGGGUGAAUUUAUUCAAUCACUAAAGGAUCAUCUUAAAGAGAUUCCUCUAAAGGAGAGUACUAGCGGUGGAACAAGUGGAGCUAGUGCUAGUUCUGCAACACCAAAACUCAACUCGAAUCUUAGAAAAAUGGGUUCCACUACUUCAUUGGAUGGAACAAACAACAACCAACAACAACAAUUCAAAGUAUUGACAAAUAAUCAAUUAAACAAAUCAUUGACCGAUAUGACAAAUAAUAACUUUUAUAAUAAUCAACAAGAAAAUCAACAUCAACAACAGAAUAAUCAACAACAGAUGAAUAAUAUAGAUAUUUUCAAUUCUAGUCAACAACCUCAGUCGAUCAAUACUCCUUCCUCCGCAAUGAAUGAAUUGGAUUUAAUUAAUUUAUUAUCAAAUUCAACAAAUACAAAUAGCUCACAAAAUUCAUUAAUUAAUAAUCAUUCACCAACUCAAAUUAUUCAACAAAGAAAUAAUAAUAUUAAUAAUAAUAAUAAUAAUAAUAAUAACUAUAUGAAUAAUUUUUCAUUAAAUGAUUUUACAAUGAAUCAAAAUAAUCAAAAUAAUCAAAAUAAUAUGAUGGGUAUGAAUUAUUUUAAUAAUAAUCAAAUGAAUAAUAAUAAUAAUAAUAUGAUGAAUUAUAAUCAACUCCAACAACAACAAUAUAAUAAUAAUAAUAAUAAUUACUCUCUACAACAACAACAACAACAAUUUUAUAACAAUAAUAUGAUGAAUAAUGUAAAUAAUAAUAAUAUGAAUAUGAUGAAUAUGAAUCCAAAUCUUUAUCAACAACAACAACCACAGAAUCAACAACAACAACAAAGACAAAUGCAAAUGGGCAACCAAAAUCAAAUGUAUAAUAUGAAUUAUUAA